AUGGAAAAUGUGGACUCUAGAUGGCUCGAUACUCUGUACAGAGAAGGAUUCGAGGCGGUCUUUGGCUCCUGGAUGGGGAGAUAUGCGUGCCCCUUCUUGUUUGGUCACAAUCUAGCAGACAAAUACGUCAGCAUAUCUGACCUCUGUCGCCAUCUCGAUGGGUGCAUAGUAGAUACUGGAGAAAACCAACUAGUCGGUCGAAGUAGAGACAUUGAACAGUCUCUCCAGAGCACCAUUUCAGCAUUUGCAGCACGAUGGCUCCCUGUUACAUCUCCAGAGCCAAAUUCCAACGAGGAUCACUGCAGUCUUGUCCAGAGUCUCUGGAGGCAUGCCCGAAGGGAUAUGCUACGUGUCAUCAACAGGCCGGCCUACAGGUCAAUGCUAUCUCUGCUUCUGUUCGCUCUAACGCCGAUACCAGAAGGUAUCUCGGAGGACGAGGAGGCAGAUGGAAUUUCCGGUCAGGCUUGUGUUCAUGCAGCCUUGCAGCAGAUACAAACAUUACGUGCACGUCAGAGAAACCUUCAAUUCAGCGGUUCAAAAGUUUCUCCCUCUCUCAAGUCCCAAGCUAUUGUCACAACACCAGAGUCGAUCGAAACAUCAGGCUUCAUCAACGCCGAGAGUACUGUAUACUGGGCUGCUUUGACAUUUGACACCUCUGCAUCUCUCACUCUCAACUGUCGCUCCCUUCUAUCUUCAGGUCUCUUCGGCUUCGAAUCUGAACUCCCAUGGCGUCUCGUCAAAACCUGUGCCAAGAUGUUUGACGAGAACGCCCGCCAGUGGAAGCAAGGUAGCUCAGACAUGACAGAUGAAAGGGCGAAUCAAAUCAUUGCUGCCGGGGCCUCUUGGAAGCUCCUUGGAUGGAAAGUCACUGCCAUUUUUAAAGAAGCUCUGAGAGAUGGUCAUGACGAGUCAGAAGUUCGGAGAGCAUACCUGGCCGUAGUUGACUCUGUAAAACAGUUUGGUAUCAUUUAUCGCCCGCUUUUGGAUGAAUGCCAUAAACGCAUGCCUUUUCUUGGGCAGCAGACAAAGCUUCGAUGGUAUGCCGAGAACACGGUGAUGAAUACUCUAGCAUUCGGCUUGCACAACACAUUUACAUUAAAGCGACCUCUCGAUCUGAUCGAGAGCGAUAGUCUGAAGUUUAUUGUCCACGUUGGAGAGGACGUUGAGGCAUUUGCCGCAGAGUUCAAAGUCUGUGCGGGCAGCGAUAGCAAAGUUCUCAACGGCGACUGA